AUGGAGAAAUUGCCUGUGCUUUUAAGGGCUGCGAGUCUGGUAAUUUGUAUUAGGGAGACAAUGGGGGAAAAGAAACGAGGGGCAGCAUCGGAUGCCAGCGUGAGACAGAGAAUCAUUCUUUUGCAAUGCAAAGACUUGACUUUUUGGAAUUUACUUGAUUCGUCUAAUACCGGGCUAGACAAGUCAUUCUUGUUUACCCUUCCUCAACCUCAAGACAAGGCAAUGGCGCUAAAGAUUUUUGAGUGUAAGGAAUCUGAGAAAGCUUAUAAAAGAGGGAAAAAAGAGGAGUCGGAAGUAUAUUUGGUAGUAACCAAGAAAGGCAACAUCAACAAAGAAAAGAUACAGCUGGUUGUUAAGAUCGAUCUUCUGGAGUAUAGUUCAGCAUUUCCUUUCCUUCUCUUCGUAUCAAUGCAAAUAAUUAAGAAGAUGAAGGCUGACCGAGAUCCAGUCUAG